UGUGGACUCGCCAAUGGACCAGAGCGAGAACCUGGAGCUUCUCGCUCGCAUCGAGCGUCAACUGCGCGUGCGUCCUGUCUGCGACAACACCAGAGCCAAGGAUGUUGAUGUUUUUGUUGACGACUGGGCGCCACCGUCCGCUCAGACUUCGCGCGAGCUCUGGACUUUAGUAUUGGAAGUGGUCUUCGCCCCAUUAUGGCUUCGUAUUCGAGCAGCCGAGUUGCUGAACGUCUGCUGCGACAUGGGCGAAGCAGACUCAGAUGAAAUCGUCAGAAUUAAUAGCCAGGAGACGCAUAAGCUUCGCGCAAUUGUGAGCUCUACGUGCCAGGCGCUGGAAGAGCUCGAUGCCACGGACACCAAGCAGGCCGAGCAGCUCUUCACGUGGUUCGGGUUCCUCGAGAGAGUGCUGUUGGCUACACAUAGCGACGUCUGCGUCCAGGUCUUCCAGAACAGCAUGUACGCGGGCAUGCUGACCAAGAUGCUGCGACUAUUGUCAGCCUGCUCCACAAAGGUCUUUGCAGCGGCGACGGUAUGUCUGGGACUCUUCCACGACCACGAGAAGAAAUGCAGACGCUCAGUGCUGGUCGGUGAGGUGCUGAGAGAUAUGAAGGACGGCAGGGAACAUCUAAGCGGGGCACUGCUGCACGUCAUCAAUUCGUGCGGAUGUCCGUGUCCAACGGAGAGGACUGUUCACUUGUGGAACGCACUGCAGUUGUUUGGGGACAUUCUGGCGGACGAGACGGCUUCAGCGUUGGUGUUCGUGAACGACUUUAAAGUGCUGAUCGACCUCGUGAUUAGAGAAUGUACUGACCUUCCGCAGGAGCAUGUUACUCGCCUGCAUUGCAUGCAGUUGCUGGAACGUGUUUUGGGCUCGCAGCUUUAUCUUCAGACACAGAUGUAUCGCAAACGGGAACUGUGGGGACUGUUGGAGUCGCUGCUGGGAGCUGGAGCACGGGAGGAUUCGGUUAUGCCGAAGGACGUCAUGGAUAAAAUUAAGCAGAUUCUCGUGAACUACGUGGACUUGCUGGAUUAA